UUUGCUUGCUCUGGACGGAGUUGGCAUUGGAACGGCCUUGGGAGUGGUCAGAAGCUGCUGCGGGGGCCCAGCGAGGUUGUUGAGGCGGAUGCGGGACUGUCACUGAUUGCCGGGCGUGGCCUAGGAGGUGGAAGAAGUCAAGAUGCCACCUUAUAUAAACUGGAAAGAGAUAAUUAAAGUGGACCCAGAUGACCUGCCUCGUCAAGAAGAACUGGCGGAUAAUUUGUUGGUUUCUUUGUCCAAGGUGGAAGUAAGUGAACUGAAAAAUGAAAAUCAAGAAAAUAUGAUACAUCUUUUCAGAAUUACUCAGUCAUUAAUGAAGAUGAAAGCUCAAGAAGUAGAGCUAGCUUUGGAAGAAGUUGAAAAGGCUGGAGAAGAACAAGCAAAAUUUGAAAAUCAAUUAAAAACAAAAGUAAUGAAACUGGAAAAUGAACUGGAGAUGGCUCAUCAGUCUGCAGGUGGACGGGACACUCGGUUUUUACGAGAUGAAAUUUGCCAACUUGAAAAACAAUUGGAACAAAAAGAUAGGGAAUUAGAGGAAAUGGAAAAGGAAUUGGACAAAGAAAAGAAAGUUAAUGAACAAUUGGCUCUUCGAAAUGAGGAAGCAGAAAAUGAAAACAGCAAGUUAAGAAGAGAGAAUGAACAGCUACGUCAGGAUGUUAUUGAUUACCAGAAGCAAAUAGAUUCACAUAAAGAAUCACUUUUAUCAAGAAGAGGAGAAGACAGUGACUAUCGAUCACAGUUAUCUAAGAAGAACUAUGAACUUGUUCAAUAUCUGGAUGAAAUUCAGACCUUAACAGAAGCUAAUGAGAAAAUUGAAGUUCAGAAUCAAGAAAUGAGAAAAAAUCUAGAAGAGUCUGUACAGGAAAUGGAGAAGAUGACUGAUGAAUACAAUAGAAUGAAAGCUAUUGUGCAUCAGACAGAUAACAGAGUGGACCAGCUAAAAAAAGAAAAUGAUCAUUAUAGACUUCAAGUGCAAGAACUCACAGAUCUUCUGAAAGCAAAAAAUGAAGAAGAUGAUCCAGUCAUGGUAGCUGUCAAUGCCAAAGUAGAGGAAUGGAAGCUAAUUUUGUCUUCUAAAGAUGAUGAAAUUAUUGAAUAUCAACAAAUGUUACAUAAUCUGAGGGAGAAGCUUAAAAAUGCUCAGCUUGAUGCUGAUAAAAGUAACAUCAUGGCUCUAAAACAGGGUAUACAGGAACGAGACAGUCAAAUUAAGAUGCUCACUGAACAAGUUGAACAAUAUACAAAAGAAAUGGAAAAAAAUACUUACGUUAUUGAAGAUUUGAAAAAUGAGCUGCAAAGAAACAAAGGUGCUUCAACUCUUUCUCAGCAAAAUCACUAUUUGAAAAUACAGUCAAAACUACAAAUUUUAGAAGAGAAAACUAAGGAGGCUGAGAGAACAGCUGAACUGGCUGAGGCUGAUGCAAAGGAAAAGGAUAAAGAAUUGGUUGAGACUCUAAAGCGAUUAAAAGAUUAUGAGUCAGGAGUAUAUGGCUUAGGAGAUGCAGUUGUUGAAAUAAAGAAUUGUAAAAGUCAGAUUAAAAUAAGAGAUCGAGAAAUUGAAGCACUAACAAAGGAAAUCAAUAAGCUUGAGUUGAAAAUCAAUGAUUUCCUUGAUGAAAAUGAAGCACUAAGAGAACGUGUGGGCCUUGAACCAAAGACAAUGAUUGAUUUGACUGAAUUUAAAAAUAGUAAACACUUAAAACAGCAGCAGUACAGAGCUGAAAACCAGAUUCUUUUGAAAGAGAUUGAAAGUCUAGAAGAAGAACGACUUGAUCUGAAAAGAAAAAUUCGUCAAAUGGCCCAAGAAAGAGGAAAAAGAAUUGCAAACUUAGGAUUAACCAUUGAGGACCUGAAACUAACUGAAAGCUUUUCUCAAGAAGAAGGUAUAGGAAAUAGAAAACUGAACUUUGUGAACCUCAGUAUGUGUGAAGCACAAUCGAAGAUUGAGAAUUCAGAUAAAAUAGAGCUGCUGCAUAGGAGUUCAUCACUCAGUAUUCCACCAUCAGAUCAGAAUGAGACAGAGGAGAACAUGAUCAUACAAUCAAUAUCAAGAACGUUGCCUGAAAUUCACUCUAGUGUAGCAAGUGGUGUGGAUCCUUUUAUCUCACUAACCAGACAUUCUUCAUCUAUGCAAAUAAAAGAUAAUAAUUCAUCUCCAGAGACUAUUACAAUAAGAGAGAUUUUUAAAGCACCAUGUCUACAAUCUUUAAGAAAUCUAGAAUCAUUAGUCAGUACCUUCAGUAGAGGGAGCAAUGAAGAUAUAACUGACUACUUAAGCUCUCUUUCUAAUGAGUGUAUGAAGAAACUGCCAGUAAGCCACCCAGCACAAGAGAAGACUAGCUUCAUACAAAUAAGUAAUUCAUCUCUCCAAGCUUCACCAACAGCUUCAGACUUAAUGCAGAAGUUAUCACUUAGGCAAAAAUCUGAAGUAUUUUGUCAACAAAUCUAUGACCAUAGUGGUGACUUUGUUAAAUUACAAAUGGCAACAUCAGAAGAUGAACAGGUUCUCUUCCCAAAACAGUACACUGAUCUCAGUUUGAAAGAAGAUAAUAGAAAAAGUAAAGUAUCCUUACAAACUGAGAGUUUGAAAAGUAAGCUUGAAAUUAAUUGCUCAGAUUCAGUGCCUACUGCUGCUCAGUCAAAAUUCUCUCAGAUAGAUCCACUUGAAAAUCUUAUAGAACAGCUACGGAGAGAAUUAGUAUUUCUUAGAUCUCAGAAUGAAGUCAUAGCACAGGAUUUAUUGAUCAAAGAAGCACAGAGUAGAGAUGCAGAGAUAGAACUUGAACGUCAUAGAAUUCAUGAAGAACAGAAUGAAUUUCUUUCCAGAGAACUAAUUGAAAAGGAAAGAGAUUUAGAAAGAAGUAAGACAGUAAUAGCUAAAUUUCAGAAUAAACUAAAAGAAUUAUUUGAAGAAAAUAAGCAACUUGAAGCAGGUAUGAAAGAAAUAUUACAAGCUAUAAAAGAAAUGCAGAAGGAUCCUGACAUUAAAGGAGGAGAAACAUCUCUAAUUAUCCCUAGUCUUGAAAGACUAGUUAAUGCUAUAGAAUCAAAGAAUGCAGAAGGAAUCUUUGAUGCCAGUCUACAUUUGAAAGCCCAGGUUGAUCAACUUACUGGAAGGAAUGAAGAAUUAAGACAGGAACUUAGGGAAUCUCGGAAGGAGGCUAUAAAUUAUUCUCAGCAGUUGGCAAAGGCAAAUUUAAAGAUAGAACAUCUUGAGAAAGAAACCAGUCUUCUAAGACAAUCAGAAGGAUCAAAUGUCAUUUUUAAAGGAGUAGACUUACCUGAUGGGAUAGCGCCAUCUAGUGCCAAUAUCAUUAAUUCUCAGAAUGAAUAUUUAAUACAUCUCUUGCAGGAACUAGACAAUAAAGAAAAGAAUUUAAAGAAAUUAGAAGACUCUCUUGAAGACUAUAAUAGAAAAUUUGCAGUAAUUCGUCAUCAGCAAAGUUUAUUAUAUAAGGAAUAUCUAAGUGAAAAAGAGACCUGGAAAACAGAAUCUGAAACGAUAAAAGAAGAAAAGAGAAAACUGGAGGCUCAAAUUCAACAAGAUGCUAUCAAAGUAAAAGAAUAUAAUAAUUUGCUCAAUGCUCUUCAGAUGGAUUCAGAUGAAAUGAAAAAAACACUUUCAGAGAACAGUAGAAAAAUCACUGUUUUACAAGUGAAUGAAAAGUCACUCAUAAGGCAAUAUACAACCUUAGUAGAAAUGGAACGACACCUCAGAAAAGAAAAUGGGAAACAAAAGAAUGACUUAAUAUCCAUGGAGGCUGAAGUUUGUGAGAAAAUUGGAUGUUUACAGAGAUUUAAGGAAAUGGCCAUUUUCAAGAUCGCAGCUCUGCAAAAAGUUAUAGAUAAUAGCGUGUCUUUGUCUGAACUAGAACUAGCCAAUAAACAGUACAAUGAACUCACGGCCAAGUACAGAGACAUCCUUCAAAAAGAUAAUAUGCUUGUUCAAAGAACAAGUAACUUGGAACACCUAGAGUGUGAAAAUGCAUCCUUAAAAGAACAAAUGGAAUGUGUAAAUAAAGAACUGGAGAUUACCAAGGAAAAACUGCACACUAUUGAACAAGCCUGGGAACAAGAAACUAAAUUAGGAAAUGAAUCUUACAUGGAUAAGGCAAAAAAAUCUAUGACAAACAGUGAAAUUGUUUCUAUUUCAAAAAAAAUCACUAUGUUGGAAAUGAAGGAAUUAAAUGAAAGGCAGAGGGCUGAACAUUGUCAAAAAAUGUAUGAACACGUACGGACUUCAUUAAAGCAAAUGGAAGAACGUAAUUUUGAAUUGGAAACCAAAUUUGCUGAGCUUACCAAAAUCAACUUGGAUGCACAAAAGGUUGAACAGAUGUUAAGAGAUGAAUUAGCUGAUAGUGUGAGCAGGGCAGUGAGUGAUGCUGAUAGGCAACGCAUUCUAGAAUUAGAGAAGAAUGAAAUGGAGCUGAAAAUUGAAGUGUCAAAAUUGAGAGAGAUUGCUGAUAUUGCUAAAAGGCAAGUUGAUUUUUUGAAUGCUCAGCAACAGUCCAGGGAAACGGAGGUAAAAUCCCUCAGAACGCAGCUACUUGACUAUCAGGCACAGUCUGAUGAAAAGGCACUAAUCGCAAAGCUGCACCAACAUAUUGUCGCUCUUCAAAUCAGUGAGGCUGCUGCUCUUGGUAAGCUGGAGUCAGUUGCAUCUAAACUUCAGAAGAUGGAGACCUGCAACUUGCGCUUAGAACAGAAACUUGAUGAGAAAGAACAGGCUCUCUAUUAUGCUCGUUUGGAGGGGAGAAACAGAGCAAAACAUUUGCGGCAAACAAUUCAGUCUCUGCGUAGACAGUUCAGUGGAGCUUUACCCUUGGCACAACAGGAAAAGUUCUCUAAAACAAUGAUUCAGCUCCAGAAUGACAAACUUAAGAUAAUGGAAGAGAUGAAGAAUUCUCAGCAAGAACAUAGAAAUAUGGAGACUAAAUCCCUGGAAAUGGAAUUAAAAUGGAAGGGUUUAGAAGAGUUAAUAAGCACUUUGAAGGAUGCCAGGGGAGCCCAAAAGGUAAUCAAUUGGCACAUGAAAAUAGAAGAACUUCGUCUUCAAGAACUUAAACUAAAUCGAGAAUUAGUCAGAGAUAAAGAAGAAAUAAAAUAUUUGAAUAAUAUAAUAUCUGAAUAUGAGCAUACAAUCAAUAGUCUGGAAGAAGAGAUUGUUCAGCAGAACAAGUUCCAUGAAGAAAGACAAAUGGCCUGGGAUCAAAGAGAAGUUGAACUAGAACGUCAACUGGAUAUCUUUGAUCGUCAGCAAAAUGAAAUAUUAAAUGCAGCACAAAAGUUUGAAGAAGCUACAGGAUCAAUGCCAGACCCCAGUUUGCCACUCCCAAAUCAACUUGAGGUUGCACUUAGGAAAAUUAAGGAGAAUGUUCGAACAAUUCUAGAAACUCAGGCAACUUGUAAAUCAUUGGAAGAGAAGCUAAAAGAAAAAGAAUCUGCUUUACGGUUGGCAGAGCAAAAUAUUCUGUCAAGAGACAAGGUAAUCAAUGAACUAAGGCUUCGGUUGCCUGCCACUGCAGAACGGGAAAAACUUAUAGCUGAACUAGGAAGAAAAGAAAUGGAUCCAAAAUCUCAUCACACAAUGAAAAUUGCUCACCAAACUAUUGCAAACAUGCAAGCCCGGUUAAAUCAGAAGGAGGAAGUAUUAAAGAAAUACCAGCAUCUUCUAGAAAAGGCCAGAGAGGAACAAAGAGAAAUUGUAAAGAAACAUGAAGAAGACCUUCAUAUUCUUCAUCAUAAAUUGGAACUGCAGGCUGAUAAUUCACUCAGCAAAUUCAAACAAACAGCUCAGACUUUAAUAAAACAGUCACCUACUCCAGUCCCUACAAACAAGCAUUUUAUUCGUCUGGCUGAGAUGGAGCAGACAGUUGCAGAACAAGAUGACUCUCUGUCCUCACUUUUAACCAAGCUAAAGAAAGUAUCAAAAGAUUUAGAGAGACAAAAAGAAAUCACUGAAUUAAAAAUAAAAGAAUUUGAAGGUAUCAAAUUACGGCUCCAAGAAAACCAUGCAGAUGAGGUGAAAAAAAUGAAAGCUGAAGUGGAGGAUUUACGGUGUCUUCUGGCCCAGUCACAAAAGGAAUCACAGAAUUUAAAGUGUGAACUUCAAACUCAAAAGGAAGCAAAUUCAAGAGCUCCAACAACUACAAUGAGAAAUCUAGUAGACCGGUUAAAGAGCCAAUUAGCCCUGAAAGAAAAACAACAAAAAGCUCUUAGUCGAGCGCUUUUGGAACUCCGGGCAGAAAUGACAGCAGCAGCUGAAGAACGUAUUGUUGCUAUAACUUCACAAAAAGAGGCUAAUCUCAAUGUUCAACAAAUUGUGGAUCGACAUACCAGAGAGCUAAAGUCACAAGUUGAAGAGUUAAAUGAAAAUCUUUUAAAAAUGAAAGAAGCCCUUAAAACAAGUAAAAACAGAGAAAAUUCACUAACUGAUAAUUUGAAUGACUUAAACAAUGAGCUGCAAAGGAAACAAAAAGCCUAUAAUAAAAUACUUAGAGAGAAAGAUGGAAUCAAUCAAGAGAAUGAUGAACUGAAGAGGCAAAUUAAAAGACUAUCCAGUGGAUUACAGAGCAAACCACUAAUAGAUAAUAAGCAAAGUUUAAUUGAGGAACUUCAAAAGAAAGUUAAAAAAUUAGAAAGCCAACUAGAAAAGAAAGUGGAGGAAGUAGAUAUAAAACCUAUUAAAGAAAAGAGUACUAGAGAAGAAUUAAUUAGGUGGGAAGAAGGUAAAAAAUGGCAAACCAAAAUUGAGGGAAUUCGAAAUAAGUUAAAAGAGAAAGAGGGAGAGGUCUUUACUCUGACAAAGCAGUUGAAUACUUUGAAGGAUCUUUUUGCAAAAGCUGAUAAAGAGAAGCUUACUUUACAGAGGAAACUGAAAACAACUGGCAUGACUGUUGAUCAAGUUUUAGGAGUACGAGCUUUGGAGUCAGAAAAAGAGUUGGAAGAAUUAAAAAAGAGAAAUCUUGACUUAGAAAAUGACAUACUGCAUAUGAAGACCCAACAAGCUCUUCCUCGAGAUUCUGUGGUAGAAGAUUUACGUUUGCAAAAUAGAUUCCUUCAAGAAAAACUUCACACUUUAGAAAAACAGCUUUCAAAGGAUACAUAUUCUAAGCCUUUAACUUCAGAAACUGAAUCAGAUGAUUUUUAUCAAAAAGAACAGGAGCUUCAAAGGGAAAACUUGAAGUUGUCAUCUGAAAAUAUUGAACUGAAAUUUCAGCUGGAACAAGUAAAUAAAGAUUUGCCAAGACUAAAGAAUCAAGUAAGAGAUUUGAAGGAAAUGUGUGAAUUUCUUAAGAAAGAAAAAGCAGAAGUUGAGCGUAAGCUUGGCAUGGUUAGAGGGUCUGGUAGAAGUGGAAAGACAAUCCCAGAACUAGAAAAGACCAUUGGUUUAAUGAAAAAAGUAGUUGAAAAAGUCCAAAGAGAAAAUGAACAGUUGAAAAGAGCAUCAGGAAUACUUACCAGUGAAAAAAUGGCUAAUAUUGAAGGUGAAAAUGAAAAAUUAAAGGCUGAAUUAGAAAAACUGAAAGCUCAUCUUGGACGUCAGUUGAGUAUAAACUAUGAAUACAAGAACAAAGGCACAGAGAAAAUUGUUGCUGAAAAUGAAAGGCUUUGUAAAGAACUUAAAAAGGAAACUGAAGCUUCAGAGAAACUGCGGAUAGAAAAGAAUAAUUUAGAGAUACUAAAUGAGAAGAUGGCAGUUCAGCUAGAAGAGACUGGAAAGAGAUUACAAAUUGCAGAAAGUAGAGCUCCACAGCUAGAAGGUGCUGACAGCAAGAGCUGGAAGUCAAUUGUUGUUACAAGAAUGUAUGAAACAAAGUUGAAAGAAUUGGAAACUGAUAUUGCCAAAAAAAAUCAAAGCAUUACUGACCUUAAGCAGCUUAUAAAAGAAGCUACAGAGAGAGAGCAAAAAGUAAAGAAAUACACAGAAGACCUUGAACAACAGAUUGAGAUUCUCAAGCAUGUUCCUGAAGGUGCUGAGACAGAACAAAGUCUUAAGCAGCAGCUACAAAUUCUUAGAUUAUCAAAUAGUCAACUGGAUAAAGAAAAAGCAGAAUUAAUUCAUCAGAUAGAAGUUAACAAAGACCAGAGUGGAGCUGCAAGCACCAUACCUGGUGCUGAUCAACUAAAAGAAGAGAUAAAAGAUCUAGAAACACAGCUAAAAGUAUCAGAUCUGGAAAAGCAACAUUUGAAGGAUGAAAUAAAAAAGCUCAAAAAAGAAUUGGAAAACUUUGAUCCUUCAUUCUUUGAAGAAAUUGAAGAUCUGAAAUAUAAUUAUAAAGAAGAAGUGAAAAAAAAUAUUCUCUUAGAAGAAAAGUUAAAAAAACUUUCUGAACAAUGUGGAGUUGAAUUACCUAGCCCUCUUGACGCUUCUGAACAAUCUGAAGGUGAAGAAAGUCCUGACAAUUUCCCUAUGUAUUAAGGAUCACAUAUAAGUAUAGUUUUAUUUGUUUUAUAAGUUAAAUCAGGUUUUGAAGUAGAGAAUUUCCUUCUCAAUACCUUAUACCUUGACUUAAAUGGGAGUUUUAGUAAUUAGAAUUAAAAAAUUUGAAGACUUCAGAAUAAGUUAUAGCCAUAAAACAGGCAGUGAACUAUCCAAAUUUGUCUACAUUCAUAAUGUCUUAGGUUUUAAAAGUAUGAGGAGAAAAAAAAUUGGAGUUUUAUAUAUUCUUAAUUUAUGUAUGUGUUAAGAUUCUCAGAUCCUAUCUAUAAUAAUAAAAUAUGGAUGCAUUGACAUUUAUAUACAUUAAAUUAUAAGGUUAAGCCUUUGUA